ACUAUUUAUCAUUAAAUGAAUGAAAUAUCUUUAAAAGCAAACGGGUGUCAAUUUACUUCUCGUCUCACAAGUGAGGUGUUGGCUGUGGGAACAGAGAUCGAUAGUUGUCAAUCCCUGUGUGAAGGCGACCCGGACUGCUGGGCGACUGUGGAAUACGUGCCUGACAAUUGUGUAACACUAGCAUUACCUGGCCACGGCGUUCAGAACUUAACACUUACAACCAAAUUUUGUUAUAACAUUACUUUGAAUACGACGACAGCUAUUACCCCAGAUCUAACUAACAACAACGUCGUUCCAAAUGCAACAUGUGGAUCAUUUGCUAUUACGCCCACACCAACCAAUUCAUCAGUGGUUUCAUCUAUAGCUUUACCUCCAUGCCAACCUGUAAACGUCACACAAAACGUCACACUGACGUCGACCGAAAGUAUCACUGUAACGACUACGAACUAUUCAACCUUUACGUCCACUUUUACUUCAACAGAACAGAUAACCGUUACUUCCACGGUGCUUUCAACAUACACUCAAAAUGUUACAACCGAACAGGCGGAAGAAAUAGCAGCGGAAAUAGCUAAAAACUUAACAAUUGACUCAAAAUCAACAUCAUCGCAUAUCCGGCGACUCACAAGCGCCGAAGACAAACGUCGAUCAGCGAAAUUUGUUGGCUAUGUAGGAGUUAUUUUCGUUGCUGCACCUUUGGGAAUUAUGUUGCUUCUUGACAUAAAAAAGUUGUUUCUUGAUUUUCGGUCACACGAUGAUAUCUAUAAGAAGAAGUAGUUUUGAAACACAUCGGUGUUUAAAAUUAUUACCCCUUACCCUUCUAAAGUUCUAUAGCGAACUUGUCCAUCUUUCAAUUUGGAAAGUACCAUUAACUGUUAAAAGCGGUGCUUACAUAAAUGAUACUGACUGAAUGGUGAACAGUGCAGAUCAUGAUCAGACUGCACAGAUGUGCAGGCUGAUCAUGAUAUACCUGGUCGCAAAGGCAGAAUCAAUCGUGUCCAGCAUGAUAAGGGUUAGCGAGGAUAUUCCAUGUAGCGAGCACCUGUGGAUGGAAGGGCUUUUGUUUUUGUCAUUAUUUUCUGUGAAAAUAUUACAUAACGUAUGAUUUUACUCCAUUGUUGCAGUUAAAACAUGAUUAUAUAUUCUCUUGUAAAAUUGCAUUUGUUAAAAUCACAGUUUAGCAUUUUUACUAGAUUAUAAAUAAGGAAAAUACUUAUUUGUAUUACCCUUAACCACUUUCAGUUCAUUGUCCAUUUUAUGACCUUUAGAUAAUUAAUCGAGCUAUUUUAUUACACAUUACCAGUUUAUGACCUUUAAUUAAUUAAUAAAUCUAUUUAUUUUUUUAAAUCAAUAAUCCAUUUUUUAAUCUUAACUUAUAUAAACAUAAACUAGGCAGUAACCCAUGCACUGGUAUAUCAUAGGCACCAAGCCAUACAAUAGGUAAGUAUUUGACCAGUUUAUCGCUAUAAUCCAAUUAUAAUUGGAAACAUUUUUAAUUUUGUGUUCUGUUGAUGAUUCGUAUCGCCAACUAACCUGUUUUCGGACCAUUUACUAUCUAUGUGUAUUUUACUCAAUGAUUCGUAUCUCCAGCUAACCUGUUUUCGGACCAUUUACUAUCUAUGUGUGUUUUACUCAAUGAUUCGUAUCGCCAACUAACCUGUUUUCGAACCAUUUACUAUCUAUGUGUGUUUUACUCAAUGAUUCGUAUCGCCAACUAACCUGUUUUCGGACCAUUUACUAUCUAUGUGUGUUUUACUCGAUGAUUCGUAUCGUCAACUAACCUGUUUUCGGACCAUUCACUUUUUUGUGUAAUUUACGUAAUGAUUCGUAUCGUCAACUAAAUUGUUUUCAGAUCUUUCACUUUUUCUGGUUAUUCGGACCUUUCACUUUUUCUGUGUAUUUCAUUAAUGACCACGAUUGACGUAAUCAGUGACACUUGCAGGUAUUUGGUAUAUAUAUUUUAUAUAUAUAUAAGUUGUUGCAAUUUAAAAUGUUUGAAAAUCAAGUAGGUUUUAAUUCAUUGCUGUAGUAUGUGCAAAAUAGUGUUUUUCACUUACUUUUUGCA